GUGGGGAGUGUGGUGUUUGUGGAGGACAUUGGCAGGGCUCUUAGACAUGUAAACGGCACUUCCUGCAAUGUCCUAAGGAACACUCGGAUGUCUGUGGUGGAGGAAAAACAUGACAUUGUCCCCGAAUGAAAGCCUUCCCUUGGGUGGUGUGCAGGGUGGUGUAUGAGGAGGACAUUGGCAGGGCUCUUGAUUGUGCUCAUGGUACUCGCAAUAACCUGCAAUGUCCUAAGGAACACUGGGGUGUCUGUGGUGGAGGAAAACAUGACAUUGUCCCUGAAUGAAAGCUUUCCCUUGGGUAGUGGGCAGGGUGGUGUUUGUGGAGGACAUUGGUAGGGCUCUUGGAUGUGUUCACGGCGCUCGCUAUAACCUGCAAUGCCAUAAGGAACACUGGGGGGUCUGUGAUGGAGGAAUGAAAGCCCUCCCUUGGGUGGUGGGGAGCGUGGUGCUUGUGGAGGACAUUGGCAGGGCUCUUGUAUGUGUUCACGGCGCUUGCUAUAACCCUCAAUGUCAUAAGGAACACUGGGGUGUCUGUGGUGGAGGAAAAACAUAACAUUGUCCCCGAAUGAAAGCCUUCCCUUGGGUGGUGGGCAGGGUUGUGUAUGAGGAGGACAUUGGCAGGGCUCUUGGAUGUGUUCAUGGCGCUCGCUAUAACCUGCAAUGUCCUAAGGAACACUGGGGGGUCUGUGGUGGAGGAAUGAAAGCCUUCCCUUGGGUGGUGGGGAGUGUGGUGCUUGUGGAGGACAUUGGCAGGGUCUUGGAUGCGUUCACGGCACUCGUUAUAAACUGCAAUGUCAUACGGAACACUGGGAUGUCUGUGGUGGAGGAAAAACAUGACAUUGUCCCUGAAUAAAAGCCUUUCCUUGGGUGGUGGGCAGAGUGGUGUAUGAGAAGGACACUGGCAGGGCUCUUGUAUGUGUUCACGGCGCUCGCUAUAACCUGCAAUGUCAUAAGGAACACUGGGGGGUCUGUGGUGGAGGAAUGAAAGCCUUCUCUUGGGUGGUGGGGAGUGUGGUAAUUGUGGAGGACAUUGGCAGGGCUCUUGUAUGUGUUCAUGGUGCUCGCUAUAACCUGCAAUGUCAUAAGGAACACUGGGGGGUCUGUGGUGGAGGAAUGAAAGCCUUCCCUUGGGUGGUGGGGAGUGUGGUGCUUGUGGAGGACAUUGGCAGGGCUCUUGAAUGCGUUCACGGCGCUUGCUCUAACCCGCAAUGUCCUAAGGAACACUGGGAUGUCUGUGGUGGAGGAAAAACAUGACAUUGUCCCCAAAUGAAAGCCUUCCCUUGGGUGGUGGCCAGGGUGGUGUUUGUGGCGGGCAUUGGUAGGGCUCUUGGACAUGUUCACGGCGCUUGCUAUAACCUGCAAUGUCCUAAGGAACACUGGGAUGUCUAUGGUGGAGGAAAAACAUGACAUUGUCCCCGAAUGAAAGCCUUCCCUUGGGUGGUGGCCAGGGUGGUGUUUGUGGAGGACAUUGGCAGGGCUCUUGUAUGCGUUCAUGGCGCUCACUGUGACCUGCAAUAUCAUAAGGAACACUGGGGGGUCUGUGGUGGAGGAAUGAAAGCCUUCCCUUGGGUGGUGAGGAGUGUGGUGCUUGUGGAAGACAUUGGCGGGGUCUUGUAUGUGUUCACGGCGCUCGCUAUAACCUGCAAUGUUAUAAGGAACACUGGGGUGUCUGUGGUGGAGGUACAGUGUCAUGAGUAGUGAGAACUUCAACUGGACAUCAUUCCAUGGAUAUAUAAACCUCACCUGCCUAGUUUCCGACGGACCUCCCAACCUCUGAGGAUGCCUGGGCGAAACGUCAGGAGAACAUGCCCAUACAGCCCAGAAAACUCACAGCAACACAGCCAUAGUGAUCUUGGAGUAAAUAUAGCCCUACAGCCCAGAAAACUCACAGCAACACAGUCAUAGUGAUAUUGGUGAACAUAGCCCGACAGCCCAGAAAACUCACAGCAACACAGCCAUAGUGAUCUUGGAGAACAUAGCCCUACAGCUCAGAAAACUCACAGCAACACAGUCAUCGUGAUCUUGGAGAACAUAGCCCUACAGCCCAGAAAACUCACAGCAACACAGUCAUAGUGAUCUUGGAGAACAUAGCCCUACAGCCCAGAAAACUCACAGCAACACAGUCAUCGUGAUCUUGGGGAACAUAGCCCUACAGCCCAGAAAACUCACAGAAACACAGCCAUAGUGAUCUUGGAUAACAUAGCCCUACAGCCCAGAAAACUCACAGCAACACAGUCAUAGUGAUCUUGGAGAACAUAGCCCUACAGCCCAGAAAACUCACAGCAACACAGUCAUAGUGAUCUUGGAGAACAUAGCCCUACAGCUCAGAAAACUCACAGCAACACAGUCAUAGUGAUCUUGGAGAACAUAGCCCUACAGCCCAGAAAACUCACAGCAACACAGUCAUAGUGAUCUUGGAGAACAUAGCCCUACAGCCCAGAAAGCUCUCACAACAACAGUCAUCGUGAUCUUUAAAAUACUAUGAACUAGAUAAAGGUGAUCC